AAAGUCUUUCACAUUGCUCCUGAUCUUCUCUUCUCAACCAUCACCGAAACAAAACAAAACAAUGCAGUUCUUCGGCGGAUCCGAGAUAAGUCCAUCACCUCCCGUUCCGACAGCGAGUGGAAACAACGCGCACAUGAUGUACGUGUUCAACCGCAACGGCGUGUGUCUCCUCUACAAAGAGUGGAACCGGCCUCUUCACACGCUCAACCCACAGCAAGACCACAAGCUCAUGUUCGGUCUCCUCUUCUCCCUCAAAUCCCUAACCGCCAAAAUGGAUCCCAUCAAUGCGGAUAAGGGGAAUCUAGGGGUUCCACAGUUGCCAGGACAAGGAUGCUCUUUCCAUAGUUUUAGAACCAAUACUUACAAGCUUAGCUUCAUGGAGACUCCCUCUGGUAUUAAGAUUAUCUUGGUAACUCAUCCAAAGACUGGAGAUUUACGCGAAUCCCUUAAGUACAUCUACGGUUUAUACGUUGAGUAUGUGGUAAAAAAUCCUAUCUACACCCCAGGAUCUCCAAUCAAGUCAGAGAUGUUCAACACUGCACUCGACCAGUAUGUGAGGAGCAUCUCAUAGUGUGUGCAUUACAAGAUUUGGCAAUUGGAACUUAUCUGCUUCACAGAACUGUCUUUUCAACAAUCUAUAGAGAAGAGAGGAUUGUAGUAAAACGGUCAAUCUCGAUUCUCGAGUACACUGCUUUCAUCUGCAAAUAUAUGUUUUGUUCUCCUUUUUAAAUCAAUGUAUUGGUUUGUUUUUUUUUUUUCUUUGGUAAGCUACUGUAUUGGCUUGUUUUCAAAGAUGUUUAUGGUUAACGCAUAUCUUGAGAUGCCAUAUGAGCAAGAAACCGUAAUUUGAAUAUUUUAUGUAACUUAAAAGCAAAAUAUAACCUCAU